CGCUACAGGAACAGCAGCAACGUCAUGACGCACGACGUCACGCGGGCGCGGGUCAUGUGACCCGUAUUGCGAGGAAGUGGAGUCCAUCAGAAAAAUCCUCCCGAGAUGAAUCGAGCAAUUAUUAACACGGCGUUUGCGCUUUUAGCCCUUUUAUCAGGUGUUUUGGGUGACAGUUUGACUGUUUUGCGCAGCCCGCAGUACGUCACCUUCCGGGAUGGACAGUGGCCCAUAUCAGGAGAAAAGAUCCCUGAUCUAGUCGCCCUGACCAUGGGCUUCUCCAUCCAUGAGGAUCUUGACUGGCCAGGUCUGGCUGCCGGUUCGCUGUUCCAACGCCCGCGUGCAAACGCUCUGAUCGUCGUGCGUGGCUUGGACAGUCUCGACUUUCCGAAAAACAUUUCCUCUUACCCUCUUGAAAAUCCGGUUCCAUUCACCCUGGACAGUGUGGCAAACACGGUGCACACUCUGUUUGCUGAUAGCACGCCUGUGGUCUUGCAGCUUGCCCCAAGUGAGGAGAGGCUGUAUAUGAUGGGAAUGGCCAACACAGUGUUUGAGGACCUGCCUGUGACCCUGCAACAGAUCCGUGGACGUCUGUCCCAGGACGGAUCCGUCCUCACGUCCCUUCCUCUCGUCUCUCUUAGUCGUAAUAACGAGGCUGAUCUUCUGUUCCUCUCUGAGGUUCAGGUGCUGUACGACAUCUCCGCUCUGUUGCAGAAACACAAGCAUCUGGCUAAAGACCCGGCUCCUGACCUGUACUCUCUAGAGCUCGCGGGGUUGGAGGAGAUCGUCCGCCGCUACGGCACAGACUCCCCUCAGUUCACCGACGCUACCAGAAUCCUGACGUCUGCUCUGCAGAAGUUCGCAGACGAUGUCGCCAAUGUCUAUUCAAACAACGCGGUUGUAGAAGUCGUGACUGUGAAGACGUUUGAAGCCCCUCUGACCAGGAAGUCACGCUCCAUCCUCGAGUCCAAGCAGAUCAGUAACACAGGCAACCCUUACAACCUGGCCUACAAGUACGACUAUGAUUACGCUGUGGUCUUUAACAUUGUCCUGUGGCUGAUGAUCGUGCUAGCUUUAUCCGUCAUCGUGGUCUCGUACAACCUCUGGAACAUGGAUCCCGGAUAUGACAGCAUCAUCUACAGGAUGACCAAUCAGAAGAUCCGAAUGGACUGAUGUCAUCCGCCGCAUCCCAUUCCAUUUUGUGUUUUGCAUUUGAAUGUGUUUUAUUUUUGAUGUGCGCACCACAGUAUUUCUUGUAUAAAUGCUUCGUCUUUAUGACGCAAUCAAACACAGAUAUAAAGAUUAUUUAUUGAUGCCUGUUGAUUGAUGGAGAAAUAAAAUUGCGUGUGAAGUUUCAUAAUCGUUGUAUCUUGUGAAUCUGAUGUUAGAAUGUAAAGAAUUGAAAUCUAACUCUAUUUAUUGUUUGUUGUUCGCUUCAUUGUGCUGUUUUCCUUCCGAAUACUGGAUAUGGUGGAAUCGCUCCAUUGACAUGUACAUUUGUUUAAUUUAAUAAACGUCGUUUUCAUUGAAUAUAACUAUAGAAAAUGUUUAGUGUGACUGUUUGUUGUGUUCAAGGCCGUAACCAUUUCUUGAGCAUUGAACAUUUUUAGUAAAGUAUAGAAAUAGAUAGGUCAAGGAAAUGCUAAAUUUGCGAAUAAUAUUUUAAAGUAUGCACACAUUCACUCAUUUGUAUGCCUAAUUUUGCGAAAACGCAAAAACGUUCUUGUCUGGUCACACUCAGUUUCAGGAAUAACAUGAAUCAUGUAAAUUAUACCAAAAUGGCCAUAUUUGGAGGUGAAAAGUUAAGUAAUUUGCAUAACAGUAUAUUACCGCCUACUUUGAUUUGACUCAUAUCAAUCAUUUUGACACUGAUGACAGUGUAACUCUUAAAUGCUUUUAAAAGUUAUCGCGAUACAGAUCUGUCAUCCUAACAGACUUGUUUCCCUCGAUGUCUGUGGUGGUUACGGCCCUGGUUGUGUAUAGAUGUUGUACAAAAAACGUACAAGUGUAAGUGUAACCCAAAUAAAAAAACUCCAUCCUUCUCUUAAAA